UAGCUCAAUUACAAGCAAAAGGGUAUUCUGGAGCAGAUGCCACUGUCUCGAUCAGAACUCAAGAGGAUGUUGCGCAAAGUACGCCGGAGGACCGUGGUCAGAGCACUCCUCUAUAAACUCUCCUUCCCCGGAUUUUCGUGUCUUCGGCCUAAUGCGACAGAGCAACAGUCGACGACGUCCACCACCGGGCCAUCCGACAAGGAGGAGUGUUACCCGAGUAUAGUCUGGAGAAGGUAUAAGUAGAACAGCGGUCAUCAGUAACAAUCUCCUCUUUCCCCUCUCUCUUUUACUCUUGCUUCAUCUGCAUCAAUAGCAACCUACUAGUUCAUCUACAUAAUAGCAACCGACUAAAGCUAAAGGAUGCCGCAGAAGAUCAUUAUCGAUACAGACCCGGGCGUGGAUGAUGUGCUCGCCCUGCUCAUGGCUCUCGCAUCCCCAGAACUCGACCUCCUUGCCAUCACCACCGUGCAUGGCAAUAUCGACCUCUACAAUACAACCCGCAAUGCGCUGUCCCUCUUCAAUGUCUUGCAAGCAGAUGGCUCACAAUCCUGGAUGAAGCGUGACAAGCCUGUAUUGCUCGCUGCUGGUGCACUUCAUCCGCUUGUUGCAGAGAAGGCUGUAGAUGCUGCGUACUUCCACGGUAGGGAUGGACUUGGGAAUGUCUCUGCUGCUUUUCCUGAGCAUGUUCCCGGGGACAGUUUCACUAAAGAGUUUUCCACGGUGCCGACCGCAUCGGCAGAUGACAAGCCUCUACAGGCUGCACAAGGACUGCAAUUGUCAUCAAGGCCAGCGCAUGAGGAGAUUUUGCGAAUCCUUGCUGAAGAGCCAGAGGAUACCGUCACCAUCGUUGCGCUGGGUCCUUUGACGAAUUUGUCACUUGCGGCAACGCAAGACUACAAGACGCUUGCACGCUGCAAGGAAUUUGUCAUCAUGGGAGGUGCUUUGGCUGUCCCUGGCAAUGUCACGCCUAAAGCUGAGUUCAAUUGUCUCGGUGAUCCUGAAGCAUGGGCGCAUAUCCUUUCCUUGUCUUCCAAGAGACCACAAAGUACCUGGCAUUCAUCACCAGAGUCGCUGCAUAAACGGCUCGAGCUGACAUUGUUACCGCUCGACACAACGACCUUCAUCUUGCUGUCAUAUGGAGACUGGCACAACGCAACGUCUCUACCGAACGUCAAAGAAACACUCCUUGCUCGUUGGUGUUCAGUCUUUAUUGAACGGACAUUUGAAACAAUGAAACACCUCUUUACAGAAGCAAGUGUUGAGAAGCUGCGACUCUCGAUGCAUGAUCCAGCCUGUAUCUGGUAUCUUUUGCGAGACCGCGACGAUGCGCGCUGGAAGAUCAAGAAGGAGCUGGAUGUGCGAAUGGAGUGUGAGGGCCGCUGGACGCGUGGUAUGUGUAUUGUGGACGAACGAGGUCGUCAGAGACUUGCAGAAGGAUUGGAAGAGGACGAGAGUGACCAUGAUGGUUGGUUGAGCAGUUCAAGGGGCAAUCGGGUGGCCUGGGUCAAGGAGACGCCUGGGUCUGAAGCAUUCACGCGGGAUCUGCUGAGCCGUGUCUUUGGGGCAUAGACAGCAUAGACACUAUAAAGGAUAGACGGAUAGACUUGGAUUCCACAAUUCACAUGUUGGUUGAGCUGCUGAGCUGGU